AUGUCAAAUACUGAUAAUAAUAACAAUAGCCAUUCUCACUCACAUGACGAAAGUGGACCACAACAUAGUCAUGGCGGAGUAGGAGCGGGAGGAGAUCAUGGGCAUACACAUGAACAUUUAGAAAAUCCUGGAAAGUAUACAGAACGAGAAUUGCCAAAAAUUGAAAAUAGAAAUUGGAAAGAACGAGCUUUCACAGUUGGAAUUGGUGGACCAGUUGGGUCAGGAAAAACGGCAUUGAUGUUAGCAUUAUGUAAAGCAUUAAGAAACCAAUAUUCAAUUGCAGCAGUUACCAAUGACAUAUUCACGAAAGAGGAUACCGAAUUCCUAGUACGUAAUGAGGCAUUACCAACUGAACGUAUCAAAGCCAUCGAAACAGGUGGAUGUCCACAUGCUGCAAUACGUGAAGAUAUUUCGGCUAAUUUGAAUGCAUUGGAACAAUUACAUGCUAAAUUCAACACUCAGUUAUUGUUGAUCGAGAGUGGAGGUGAUAAUUUAGCUGCAAAUUACUCGCGUGAAUUGGCAGAUUAUAUCAUUUAUGUUAUUGAUGUAGCAGGUGGUGAUAAGAUACCCCGUAAAGGAGGACCAGGUAUCACUCAAUCAGAUCUAUUGAUUAUUAAUAAAACUGAUUUAGCAGAGAUAGUGGGUGCCGAUCUAUCAGUAAUGGAAAGAGAUGCACGUAAAAUGAGGGAAAGUGGACCAACUUUAUUCACCCAAGUUAAAAAUGGUGUUGGUAUACCUGAAGUCAUUGAAUUAAUUCUUGGUGCUUGGAAAUCAUCUGGUGGGGCCGGUGAUUAG